AUGAACACGGGAGACGGGGAAAAGACACAGCUUGACCCCCUACCGGUGAAGGGACAGAUUGAGCAAUGCACAAAAGGCCAAAAUUGGUCGGCUUCUCUGGAAGAAUCACCGUUUGAGUACCAAUGUGCAGAAAUAGACCAUAUCGUCAGUGUUAGAGCCGCAAUUAAAGAAGGCUUGGACUUGAAGCACGGUGGAAGUAUAAACAGCUGGGAAAGCAGUAACUACAACAAUAACACCAACUACAAUUCCGGCUCUAACUACAGUUUGAACUAUAGAAAUUACGAAUACAACAACGGCCACACCAACAUUACCGGAAACAGCAGCAACUAUGGUGUCAACUACGAUAACGGGAAUAUGGGUAGCGGUAACCACCUCAUGUACAAGUACAACAACAACAAUAGCAACAACUACAACAACAGACAAAACAAUAGACAGAACUCCAAGGGUAACUACAAAAACAAAAACAAACGUAUGAACCAGGCUCAGAAUUCAAACCAGACCCUGAACCAAGUAAACAACAAUGCCAACAGCACCAACUAUAACGGACAGAGAAGAUACAAGAACUUCAACUCUUUCCCUGACCAGCAGCAGCUGGACCAACAAAAUAUGUUGUAUAACUCAAUGGUGGGGAUGAAUCAGACGAUGGACACCUCGGUCUUGAAUGGUGGUCUAAGUCUGGGUGCAAGUCCAGGGAACUUGCUACAGCAGCUGCAACAGCAACAGCAGCAGCAGCAGCAAUUGCACUUCAUGAACAAGGGUUUACAAAAUCCUCAGGUUGAGGCCGGCACACAAGAACAAGGACAAAAUACACACCUUCUAGAAUCUUUCUUGUUCCAGCAACUGUCUAGCCAGAACCAGGUUCAGUCACCAUCCUGCAAACAUGUGCAAAAUCCACUCGAGACGCAGCUCCAGUCUUUAGGUAACACUGGAGGUAGCAUGGACUCGAUAUUCGCAAGAGGUACAGGUUUUUCCAAUAUAUCCAAUAACGAGAUUUCAAAUACUUCCUCGCUAUUACCAAAACUAAAUACCACAUCCCAGCAGCAGCAACCAAUACACAGAACAACUACAGACUCCCAUUUGACUUCAUACUCAAACUCAACGUCAAAUUCUAAUUCUGUAUCUGCACCAAACUCUGCGUCAAAUAAUGAAAGUAGUUCCUCCAGUUCCAAUUACUCAUUCCAGCCAUCCCAAUUAAAGCCUUUCAAAUUUGAUAGUUUGUCUCCGUUCAAUUUUCAGUCCUUGAUGGAUCAGCCGGAAAUUUCUACACCCGGAAGUACCAUAACGCGUGCUGGAUCAUCUCUUGCUUCUUUGGGAUCAAGCAUUCCUUCCAGUUCCACCAACAGAGAAAAUUCUUUGAGCUUCAUGUCUGACAUGCUCGAUUCCAACGGUACAAGCACAAACAUGAACCUCAGCAAUUUGAGCAAUACCACAGGUUUGAGUAGCACCAUGACAAUGGUGGAUCCACUCGAAUCGAUUUGGAAGCGUGGUCACAAUACCAACUCCACCAUAUCAAACUCUUCCAAUUUGGUUUCCACCCCAGGUGAGAAUGGUUCCAAAGCAAGUGAUGACUUUGGAAUGGGCACGUACGUUGGCAAUCUGAACGUUGCAGACGGUAAUAGAUUAGAGGACAUUGGGUUAUUUGGAUCAUAUUUCAGUUGA